UAUCAAGAGGCCUCUGCAUACAUAGAAGCACAGUUUGAAGCUAAAAAUAAAAGCUCAGCGAAGAGUUUUUGGAGUGUUUGAAGCCUGUGGCAGCCAUUUUUUUUAAAGUAGGAAGAUACUUGCAUGAUGACAGGCUUAACUUGCACAUUAAAGGCAUGAAAUUAUAAUUUUAAAACAAGAAACUGGUUAAAAGGCACAAAUAUUAAGAGGAUUUACCCUGUUUUCAAUGCUUACAAAAUGAGUGUUAAUCCCAGCUGUGAUUUCUCACUGGAGAGAGACAUGUAUUCCAUUCAAGAGGAUCAUAAAGUUUUAGAGGGUGCUAAUAGAUGGACUUGCGAUUUUUGUGGCAAGGCCUUUGUCUCGGAGUAUUUCUUAGAUCGGCAUUUUGAAAAUAGACAUACAGACCAGAUAAGGAAAAAGGAUGCAGUGUGUCUAGCAGAUGUCUGUGACAUAUUUCGGUGUGACAUCAUUUCAGGUGUGUCACAGCCAGACUACUGGGAUAUUGCCUUAUGUUUAGAGGAUGAUAUGGAAGAGCUACACUCCCAGUGUAAGACUUUGAUAAAUAACUGCAUUCCUCCUGGCUACUCAAAAAAUGAAACAGAGUCUGUUAGAAGUCAAGUGAUGGAAAAUCUUUGCUCAUUUCUCACUUGUUCCAAGUUUUGGAAUACACCAUACCAGCAGGAAACCAACACUCACAGAGCACUUUACAUAGUCCUGACAGCCAUGACAUGUUUUGGAAUAGUUGUUUACAAUUUCGUAUUUUAUAACUACUUUUAUUCAGACCUUGUUGACAUCUAUGACCCUGCACCAAGACAAAAAUAUAAAAUUAAAAAAUUCAAGCCAGAUCCAUAAUUUUGAACCAUUUAAAUGAAAAUUCCAACAUAAGGAUAAUACUGGGAUAAGGCAAUCAGCAUUUCAACACAUGUCCAGAAUCAGCGUUUAUAACUUCUCUUUGUCCUAACCAUCUCAUUGUUUAAUCUGCUGCUUUUAAUUACCUUUUUGUGAACUAUUUACAACUAUGAAAAAAUGGUGCAUGUAAUGCAUUAUUUAGUAUGAAUAAUUGGAGAAUUUUAUAUUGAGUCACAUAAGCAUGUUUUGAAUGGUAUAUGUGUAUAUUCUCAUUCAGAGAGUUGAUUUUUUGAGUGGUUUAUGGUUUAGAUAAUUAUUUGUGUGUGACAGUUUUAAUACUUUUGUGUAUGAUUGUACAUUUUAUGACCCUAUUGAUUAAACACAACACUAAGUGUUGUUGGUACAUUGAAAACUGUUUUUUUUUC